GUAGCUGGCAGAAGGGGGACAUCCCUAGGGUUGCAAUGCGUCGGAACAGGCAGCAUCCCCGCAUAGGAGCAGCAGUGUCUAACUGUACCCAUCUCUCUCCUCCAGGCUUUUCCACGGAUUUUGAAGAGCUUAGGACGUACUUGCCAGUUGCCCACUGCUCCCCUGCUGUGUCUCUGCUUUCAGCUUAACAGAAAUCUGCAAAAAUUCUCUGCUGCAAGAAAACAGGGGCGAUGUCACCAGAAGAUGAUGCUGGCGGGGAGGCUCCUGGGGGCAGUUUCUGGGAGGCUGGAAACUAUAGACGGACAGUGAAGCGUGUGGAUGAUGGCUACCGACUCUGCAAUGACUUAAUCUCCUGCUUCCAGGAGCGAGCCAAGAUAGAGAAGAACUAUGCCCAGCAGCUAACAGAGUGGUCCCGUAAGUGGAGGACCAAUGUGGAGAAAGGUCCACAGUAUGGUACUCUGGAGAAGGCCUGGCAUGCUUUCCUGACAGCUGCAGACAAACUGAGUGAAAUUCAUCUAGCUGUCCGGAGCCACCUGGCUGGUGAAGACUCUGAUAAGAUCAAGGCCUGGCAGAAGGAGGCCUACCACAAGCAGAUGAUUGGAGGCUUCAAGGAGACAAAGGAGGCAGAGGAUGGGUUCCGCAAGGCCCAGAAACCCUGGGUGAAAAAGAUGAAAGAUGUGGAGAAUUCUAAGAAAAACUAUCAUGCAGCCCGGAAGGAGGAGAAAACAGCCCAUACGAGGGAGAACCAUGCCAAGGCAGACUCAUCUGUCUCACAGGAACAGCUGCGCAAGUUGCAGGAGCGUGUAGAGAAGUGCACUCAGGAGGCUGAGAAGUGCAAGGAUCAAUAUGAGAAGAUGCUGGAAGAGCUGAACCGCUACAAUCCCCGCUACAUGGAGGACAUGGAGCAAGUGUUUGAGGGCUGUCAGGAAGCAGAGCGCAAGCGCUUAUGCUUCUUUAAGGAGAUGUUCCUGAAUCUGCACCAGCAUCUCAACCUCUCCACCAAUGAAAGUUUUCACGCGUUGUAUCGAGAUCUCUACCAAGUCAUCAUGGCUGCGGACAACCAGGAGGACCUGAAGUGGUGGCGCAACACUCACGGACCAGGCAUGGCGAUGAAUUGGCCUCAAUUUGAGGAAUGGUCCCUCGAAACACAGCGGCCCAUCACCAAGAAGGAGAAGAGUAGCAAAAUGGCUGACGAUGUCACACUGACCAGCAUUUUGCCUGCACGGGAUGGUGUUGUCUCUCAGACCCCUCUGCAGACAAGGCAAAGGUUCUCCUAUCAAGAGGAGCACAACAGCAUCUUCUAUGACAGCCUGAGGGCACCCACUCAUGUGAACGGAGGGAAGGAAGACAUUUCGGAGUGGUCAGAUGAGGACACUCCCAAGAAGUGCCUGGAUGCCAACGGGCACGAGGAGGACAUAAAGGUACCAGGUGUACGGGUACGAGCGCUGUAUGAUUACACAGGACAGGAGGCUGAUGAGCUGAGCUUUAAAGCAGGUGAAGAACUACUGAAGAUUAGUGAAGAAGAUGAGCAGGGCUGGUGCAAGGGCCGACUUCUCAGUGGCCAAGUUGGACUCUAUCCUGCUAACUAUGUUGAGAAGGUUGGAUCAUGAUUGCUGCUGCCCUGCUAGUGUCUCACAGCCAUACCAGUAUCUCAUGCAGAGGUCACUGGGUCACUGCUGGUCCCAGUCCACCUUUGCAGGAUAUCCAGCAAUUUCUGGACUUUGAGAGCACGUAUUCCAUAUAACUAAUGCUUCAUUUUAAAUGCGUAGAAUUGUAGGGAUUUUCUAAUAAAUAAACAAGGUUGAGUAAGA